AUGGCGAAGAAGAGAAAGGAGAGGAUUCUAAACCCCGAACCCUUCGUUCCAGAAGGUACUGAAUAUGCCAAAUCGAAGAAAUCCUCCAAAGCUGCUAGAAAGCACCAGCAGGAAGGGGACCUCAUUGGUUCUCACAUCAGUUCUAAGAUCACGAAACAGGCUUUGAUUCAGCUCAAGGAAGUUGAAGAUGAAGAUGAAACUAACGAGCAAAAUGUUACCAGAAGUUCGUUCCAGGGACUCGAAGAAGACCCGCGCAAGGUGGAGGAAGAUGGUAAUGGGGAUGAUAUUGAGGAUAUUGAUGAGUUUGCUGGAUUCGAUGAAAAUCAAAGCCAAUUUGGGGGAUUUGAUGAAAUUAACGAGGACGACGAGAAACUGAUGGAUGCAUUCUUAUCCAAGGACUCGGGUUCCCAGACAACACUUGCAGACGUUUUGGUUAAAAGAUUAAAAGCAAGUGAUUUUACUGUUGCUUCAGAGAAUCGACCAAUGCCUAAAGUGGACACAUCUGUUAUGGAGCUCUACAAGGGGGUUGCAACUCUUCUUAGCAGAUAUACAGUAGGCAAAAUCCCCAAGGCAUUUAAAUUCAUCUCCUCAAUGAAAAAUUGGGAGGAGGUCUUAUAUAUUACUGAACCUGAAAAAUGGUCACCAAAUGCUGUGUAUCAAGCCACUAGGCUUUUUGCUUCGAGUUUAGGUGCAAAAAAGGCUGAGCGUUUCUACAGGCUUGUGUUGCUUCCAAGAGUGAGAGAAGAUAUAAAAAAGAACAAACGACUGCAUUUUGCUUUAUAUCAAACAUUGAAAAAGGCAUUGUACAAGCCUGCUGCUGUCUUUAAGGGAAUACUUUUUCCACUAUGUGAGUCACGCACAUGUACUCUAAGGGAGGCAGUCAUUGUUGGAAGCAUUAUAGAAAAGUGUUCUAUUCCUCCACUCCAUUCAAGUGUUGCGCUUUUGAAGCUUGCAGGGAUGGAGUAUUGUGGCACUACAAGUUAUUUCAUCAAGCUUUUACUGGAGAAGAAAUAUGCUUUGCCGUAUCGUGUGGUCGAUGCAGUUGUUGCUCAUUUCAUGAGAUUUGAAAGUGAAACUAGGAAAAUGCCUGUUAUAUGGCACCAAUCACUUCUUGCAUUUGUGCAGAGGUACAAAAAUGAACUGCAGAAGGAAGAUAAGGAUAAUUUAAAGAUUCUUCUGGAAAAGCAGAAUCAUCCAUUAGUUACACCUGAAAUAAGUAGAGAGCUAAACAACAGCCGUAACCGAGGUGAAAAGGAGGAUGAUCUCAUGUCAAUAUCCGCUCCAGUAUUUGUUAUUAACAAGACUAUUGAAGAAGAUAGAUUUGACAUUCCAGAUGUACCAAUGGAGUUGGACUGA